AAGGUUAAUCAUUGCACCACGAUAGAGACACAUCGACCUUUGAUUAAUGAAGCACCUUAUGGCUCAAACGAAGCCACGCUCAUUAUUUUGAGUUCGUCAGAUCAAAUCCAAUCCUGCGGUUUCUGUAGCAUCAGCGCAUCUCCCUUCUUUCUCUAACCUACUGCAGCAUUAACGUCCCGCUCUUUUUCUCUCUUACAGCUAAAUAUCUCACUCCCUAUAUUCUCUCUCUAAGACAUAUUUGCUCUCUCUCUCUCUCUCUCUCUCUCUCUCCAUUCUUGUUUUUUUUUUUUUUGCCUGUUUUGUUAGAAGAGAAAUGCAAGAGCAAGCUACAAGUUCUAUUGCAGCCAGCUCUCUGCCUUCUAGUAGCGAGAGAUCUUCUAGCUCUGCUCUUCACGUUGAAGUAAAAGAAGGCAUGGAGAGUGAUGAUGAAAUAAGAAGAGUGCCGGAGAUCGGAGGUGAGGCUGCCGGUCCGACAGCUUCCGGCCGUGACGGAGGUUCUGUUGCGGGACCCGUCCAGCCUUCAGGCAGCGGUCCGAGGAGGAGAGGGAGAAGCCCAGCUGACAAAGAAAACAAGAGGUUAAAGAGAUUGUUGAGGAACAGAGUUUCAGCACAGCAAGCAAGGGAGAGGAAGAAGGCUUAUCUGAUUGAUCUGGAGGCAAGAGUUAAAGAGUUGGAAACUAAGAAUGCUGAGCUUGAAGAAAGACUUUCCACUUUGCAAAAUGAGAAUCAAAUGCUUAGACAGAUACUCAAGAACACAACGGCAGGCUCCCAAGAGGGAAGAAAGUAGCUAUGAAUUUUUGUUGAAUGAGAGGCACACUAGUACACUAGCAGAGAGGGCUUUCGUAUGAGCUAUUCAAAUUUAUACUGUCUUGUUUCUCUUUCAGUUGUUGAUAGGUAGUAGAUUUUAUGUAUUAGGAUGAAUUGAGGGCUCAAACUCUGUAACGUUAUUAGGAGAAGUUUGUCAUACGAGGGAAGAUAGAUCAUAUAUAUAUAUUACCUGCCUUUUUAUUAAUAAUACGCUUCAAUUGUGAGUGCA